CACUCCCAUUUCCUCAUCACUGCGUCCCUCUCUUCUUCCUCACUCAUCUCUCUCUCUCUCUUCAAACAUGAAGCUUCAGUCCACAGAGCUUCCUUCCACCAAAACCCAUAAGAGUACCCCUAAAGUAGCAAUAGUAGCAGCUCUAACCCUACUCCUCCUCGCUGUAAUCCCCAUCUGUUACCCUCUUCUACGUUACCCCGUUCGCUUUCUCAGCCCCAUUCCCACCAAAACCUAUUCCCAGCUCAACCCACUCAACGUCUCCAUAGACGAAAAACACUGUGAUAUAUUUACAGGGGAAUGGGUUCCCGAUCGAAACGCACCGUAUUACACAAACAAGACGUGUUGGGCCAUUCACGAACACCAGAACUGUAUCAAGUACGGGAAGCCGGACACCGGCUACAUGAAAUGGCGGUGGAAGCCGGAUGACUGCGACCUGCCGAUCUUCAAUCCGGCGCAGUUUUUAGAAAUUGUUAGAGACAAGUCAUUGGCGUUUGUGGGAGAUUCGGUGGGGAGAAACCAGAUGCAGUCCUUGAUUUGCCUUCUGUCCAGGGUGGAAUACCCAAUAGAUGAGUCGUACACAGCGGACGAGCAUUUCAAGCGGUGGAAAUACACAUCCUACAAUUUCACAUUAGCCUUUUUCUGGACACCCCAUCUCGUCCGAUCCAAAGAAUCCGACUCCGACGGCCCCACCGCCACCGGUCUCUUCACUCUCUACCUCGACGAACCCGACCCCGAAUGGGUCACCCGGAUCCAAGAUUUCGACUACGUCAUCCUCUCCGCCGGUCACUGGUUCUUCCGAUCGCAAGUCUUCUACCAAAACAACCAAAUCGUCGGCUGCCAUUACUGUCUCCUUCCAAACGUUACCGACCUAACAAUGUAUUACGGCUACAGACAAGCCUUCAGAACCGCAUUCAAAGCCAUCAACAGUUUGAAAAAUUACAAGGGGAUUACCUUCUUAAGGACCUUCGCGCCUUCCCAUUUCGAGAACGGAUUGUGGAAUCAAGGCGGAAAUUGCCUGAGGAGGAGGCCGUUCCACAGUAACGAGACGAGUUUGGAGGGUGCGAAUUUAGAGCUCUACAUGAUUCAAUUGGAAGAGUACAGAGGGGCGGAGGAGGAAGGGAGGAAGAAAGGGUUGAGAUAUAGGUUGAUGGACACGACGCAGGCGAUGCUGUUGAGACCCGAUGGGCACCCGAGUAAGUACGGUCACUGGGCGCACGAGAAUGUGACGCUGUAUAAUGAUUGUGUGCACUGGUGCUUGCCGGGGCCGAUUGAUUCGUGGAGCGAUUUCUUGCUGGCGAUGUUGAAGACGGAGGGAAGGAGAUCUUACGAGGAGAAGCUUCAGUUUUUGAGUGACAGAAAAAUGAGAUUCAGAUAGAUUUUAUUUUUUAUUUAAAAAAAAAAAAAAAAAAAAAAGACCUUAAAAUUUGGAAUUGUUUAAUUUCUACUA